UAACACGUUUGUUUAGAUGACGUAUUGGCUAUCUGUCGUCAAUGGAAGAAAAUUUAUGAUUUGCUAAAGAAAAGCCACCUCUAAAAAUGGAGGCAGAUUCUGAAGAACCAAGGAAUGAAGAUCCAGCUUUUAUACAAGCUGUGUUUAGCACAGCCACAGGAAUUCUUCAGCUGUAUGGCUGGGUCAUCUUGAUCGGGAUUCUCCUGGCCUACUACUUGUACGGCAAACUGAGGAGCUACUUCUCCCAUCUCUCCCAGCAGAGACAAGAGGAUCAGUACAAAAGAUUAGACACGUCUGCUGCACAGAGCAGGCUCGAGGCCAUGGAGAGAUCUCGGCUCAGGAUGCAGGCCAAGCUGGAUGAGCAGGCCAGGGAGUUUGCUGAGAGACAGAAGAAGAAGGAGGAAGAAAAGCGUAAAGAAAGGAUAGAAGAUUGGGAGCGCCACCAAGAGGGCAAAGGUUAUCGCAGCAAGAAGAAAGCUCCUGAAGAACGACCACAAGCGCCACCUACCCUCAAGCCAAAGUCCAAGCAAAGUUUAAAACCAGAGUUCAACCCCUUGAUGGGAGAUGUGGGCGGAGCCUGCUUCCGCCCCGCCAGGAGAGGGGGAGGUGGAGGAUGAGGUUAAGAAGGCUGGACUGACCCUUGACCUCACACACUAGCAUACAUUAGAUGGGAAAAGUCACGUGCCUGUCAUCCAACCUUUGACCCCUGCCGGAUUGAUCAUCUCUUUAAAUAUUUGAAGCUAAUUUUCUAGAAGCUAACAGUCCAUGUGAUAUUGUCAAAUACAUUACAAUUAUAUCUCUAGGCAAAAAAACCCAGGCUACUUAUAAUGAAAUGUCCACAAAUUCGGGUUUGAUCAUGUAUUUUAAAAAUCAUUAUUGUAUAAACUGUUGGCUCAACUAAUGUUUGCAACAAUGUUGGUGUAAGUAUGAUGUAGCGGGAGGUCAGAGUGCAACUUUUCCUUUCUUUGUUGUGAUGUGUGGAAGUCAGUGGGUUAGUUACAGCCGUAUCGGUCAAAGGGAGAGAACUUAAUUUUUACUAUCAGCAUUUAGUUUUCUUGGAGUUGUUUACCUUGGUUGAUUUUAAAACACUAUACAUCUAGCUAGAUGCUAAAUAUUAAUAUAAUAUUAACGUAUGUUGUUUUGUUACCUAGAUGAUGGUAUAAAAUGAGUUUAAGCAAUACAUUUUCUAAAAGAAAUGUAGAGGGUGCUAGUUUGUUGAACAUGUCCAUUUUCUUAGAAUUUAUAUUUUGUUUGAUCUCGCAAGAGGCGUUUUUUUUUGUCUUUUGCAGAAAUAAUGUAAAGGUACGUAAUUUGUUGUACUUAUUUUUAUCGAGUUUUUUCAUUGUUCUCUCCCUUUCGGCAGUGACAAAUGGUAGGAAUACAACAGGCUGAAUGUUUGAUGAGCGUCAGUGGGGUUGUGGUUGGUUAAUUUUACCUGUGUGGUUUAGUGGUUGAUUUUACCACCUGUGUGGUUUAGUGGUUGAUUCUACCACCUGUUGUAUUCCCGCCAACUUUGUGCUGAUGACGUCAUUUGUUUAAAGGCAAAAGCCUGACACGUGACUGAUGGAAGAAACUGCCAGUUUUUAUUUUGAUCUGUUAAGUUGUGGGCUGUGGGUGGAGGGGAUGGUUUAAUUUAUUCUGUCGCUUGGUUCUGAACAAAAAAAUAUUUUGUGUGAUGUGUGACGGGUAUGUUAAAAGAAAUGUAACAUUUUAUCUAUGAAAUGUUUCUUAUUAAAGCUGUCCAGCAAACUGGCCUUAUUGUUACAUAAAGCAGAAUGUAUGGCCUGGUCACAUUACACCAUUUCACAUCAGAUUCAAUGGCCUGUUCACAUUACACCAUUUUACAUCAGAUUCAAUGGCCUGUUCACAUUACACCAUUUCACAGCAGAUUCAAUGGCCUGUUCACAUUACACCAUUUUACAUCAGAUUCAAUGGCCUGUUCACAUUACACCAUUUCACAUCAGAUUCAAUGGCCUGUUCACAUUACACCAUUUCACAUCAGAUUCAAUGGCCUGUUCACAUUACACCAUUUCACAUCAGAUUCAAUGGCCUGUUCACAUUACACCAUUUUACAUCAGAUUCAAUGGCCUGUUCACAUUACACCAUUUCACAUCAGAUUCAAUGGCCUGUUCACAUCACUGUUUUAUUGAUCUGAUUCAGAAAUCUGUAGAUCACAAUAUGUAAGAUUCAUUGGCCUCUAGAGCUCUCUACAUUUAACAUGUGAUUCAAUGGCUUAUUCACAUCACUCACCAUGUGAUUCAAUGGCCUGUUAAGAUGACUCCAUUACCUCCAUGUAAAUGUUUUCCAGGGAUGAAUGUUAUAUUUACCUGUCUCACAGUUGUUGAAUAUCAAGUUUGAAUGUGUAAAACAAUGAAAAUA